AUGGUAAAAGAAUCAGAGGAUGAGAUGCUGUUGCUGGAAGAAACGCCAACGACCACCAUAUUUCAGAGAAUCGGGCACGCCUUCCUGGACCUAGGAACACUGGGAGUCUCGGUCUUGGGAGGAACACUGGGAGUCUCGGUCUCGGGAGGAACACUGGGAGUCUCGGUCUCGGGAGGAACACUGGGAGUCUCAGUCUCUGGUGCGCCGGCUGGUGAGCCGGCUGAAACGGGUUCGGGUGCGCCGGCUGGAACGCCGGCUGAUUCGGCCUGGGGUGCGCCGGCUGGAACUGCGGCUGGAACGCCGGCUGAUUCGGGCGCAGCGACGAGAGGCGGAGAGGCAGUGGCUGUGGGCUCGGAUGCGCCGGCUGGAAUGCCGGCUGAAUCGGGCUCGGGUGCGCCGGACGGAGUUGCUGGUCCCGGAGAUGGAGCUGGGUCUGGGCUGGCGGAGAAACUGUGCGGCUUGGGAGGCAGAGUGUUGCCUUUCAAAACAGCAACCGCCGUCAGGCGCUCCCGCUCUGCCUCCUCCUGCAACUCCGCCAGCCCCAGGUGCGGAAGUCGCGGGAUCCAGUAAUCCAGCAUGAUCACCAAGCGUGUGGCAAUGUUCAGGCGGUGACGGGCGGAGUAUGGCCUUGCCACCUCCUCGACAUAGUCCUUCAUUGUUCUUCUUAAUACGGCUGGAUCCAUAUUAACAGCGAGCCUCACCGAUCGGUUCUGGUCGGGUCCUUCUGUCAUGAAUUGGUGGAUGAGGUGGUGAGGCAGACGCUUGAGACUCGGGUUGAAAUGAGAAGAUGAUGGUUUAAUGGUGAUAAUCCAGAAAGUAACAGUCCAAAACAAGUCCAAUAACACAGGCAGCACGACUGAGCGGAAGCCAGGGCUCAACGCCGGUAGCAACUGUUUUACGGCUGGACACACGAAGGACUGAACGCACAUUAGACAAGGACCCGACAGAAACGCAGACACACAGGUGGCAUUAAAUACACGGGAGGGUAAUCACAGAAACGAGACACACCUGGGAA